CAGAGAAAAAUGGUAUCGAUUUCGUUAUACAGAGGUAACUUACACAGAGUCCCUGACUUACCUCGCAGAUGGCUAAUGCCGGCUCGUAAAAUCUCCCUCAAAGAAUUUAAAUCCCUCUUAAAUCGCCGUACCAAAGCGCUCUCCCGCCUCCGUUCCCCUGCCGCAACAACCGCCGUCGCCACCACCUCACAUCACAACCCCAACCCUAACCCUAACCCUAACAUAAAAAAGGAGGUUGUAGUAGAAGAGGAGCCGAAAGAAAAAAAUCGUGAAGAGGAACGGACUACUCCUAAUUCUAUUACUAAGGAGGUUGUUAAAGAUCAUGAUGACGUGUCUAAUUCUGAUAGGCGUCAGCAAGUUGACGUGGCAGUUUGUAACGGAGAUGAGAAAUUGAAAGAUGAUCGUAAUGAUGCUGAGGUACCAUGUAAAGCUGAUGGUGAAGUAGAUGAAAAAGAUAAAAGGAAAAAUGAAGUGGAGGAGAAAUUAGAAGUUUUGAAUCAGAAGAAGCAUAAUUUAGUGCAAGUUUUAAAGCAGAUUUUGAAUGUGGAGGAGGAAUUGAAGAGAAGGAAUAAUGUGCAAGGAACAGCGACAUCUGUGCCGCCUCCAAUUCAAGUUGAGGUUACGAAUGAUUCUGGAUCAAUGAGCAGGCAAGCUACUCCUAGGAUGAGUUCGGAGGCGAAUGUUGGUGGUGAUUUGAUGGAAGGGGGUGAGCCUGAGGAUGUUUUAAAUCAAAACCAUCAUAAUAAUACGAAUAACAAUAGCAAUCAUCAUUCUCGUCAUUUAAAGCGAAUGAGCAGUACAUCGCCAUCAUCGGAAUCUCCUUUGAGAAAGGCUUCCUUUAAUGUGCUUCCACACCCCUCUCGACCGAGUAUUGGAACCACCAGUAGCCCAUCGCGCUUUGCUCCAACAGGACACCAAGGUCCUCCUGCGAACUUGCCUGCAGUUUCGGCAUCGGGAACAAAUUAUAUUGCUUCUUCUCCUUCACCUGCAGCAUCUGGUGGCACUUCAGCUUUUAGAGAUGCCCGGCAGCCAAGUCCAUGGAAUUAGUUGCUAUACACAAACAUGCUUUGCCAUUGACAUCUGCUGCUAGAGUUAAAGUCUUCUUUGGCAUCAAUGACCUUAGGUGAGUAGUCGCGUACUUCUUUACUCUGUCUUAUUAUUCUCUGGGACAUUUUUAAUUUUAUUCUUUAAAUUUUUAAUUAUAUGUAAAUGUAGUAGUAGUACUGCCUAUUAUUAUUGCCAGCAGUGUCUUUUUUGCUUUUGCAAUGGUCUAACAUCCUGUGAGUUUUAAACUGUAAUAGAUAUUGCUGAAAGAACUGAAUUUUAGGGACUGAAUUGAAUUACUGGCUUGCUUGGCUGUAUAUAGUUUUGAGAUUGCGAAUAGUUAAAGACAUCUGAUAACAUACUUGUUUUGAUAGUGCAAAUGUGCAAAAGCAUUAUUGUGGCGGGAUUUCAACUGUCAACAUGUUUAUCCCUC